AAAUGAUGGACAGGAAGCCAAAGGUGAUGUUUCACAGUGGCACCAUCAAGAGUGAACUCGGAGAGGAUGUACAACUGGAAUGUAUCUUCAGCGGCAGACCUCUACCAAAGAUAUCGUGGACACGUUCUGACGAGGUCCUCAAAUCACGUGGCAGAGUUCUGGUCUCUCACGGUUUUGUGGUCAUCAAGAACGUGACUGAGGCUGACCACGGAGUAUAUACAUGUACAGGGGAGAACAUCGCAGGGUCUGAGUCUUCAUCUGUUACUUUCGACGUAUUAAGGACGAGUAACACCGAUGUCUCCGUCACGGUCAGUGCCGUUACAGUAGCUGUUUCAGUUGUGGCGCUCAUCGCCAUGGUGCUUUGCGGUUUAAUCCUGGGUGUUGUGGUUUGGCACAAGAAGACAACAGCAAGGAAAUCAACAGCAAGGAAAUAA